GUCACUGUCACUUUAAUUUUAUUUGGAGGUUAUGUUGUGAUUUGAGUUUUUCAAGGAAAUUCAUUAAUAAAUCUUAAUAGUAAACCGCAAUAACAACAGUUUUAUAAAUCAAAAUGCUGUCCAGAAGCUGGAGGCAUUUUUACAGAAGAUAUUCACAAUCUGUUACAUUUAGAACCACUGAAAACUCGCCUUCCCAGCAUAAUGAAAACCAAACUGGCUUGUUCUACACAAUGGACAAAGAUUUAUGUAAGACACUAUUCAGUCAUGGUGGCUUUCCCCGGAGUUUUGCAAAACAGACAAAGACCUUCACUGAAGCAGCAGUGAUGGUGCGCCGGCCGGCACUCGACGUCAUUGACUGCAUCAAGGCCAGCGACCUCAACAAGCCCGCUAUUAGAUAUCUACUCUAUGGCGAAAAUGGGACUGGCAAGUCACUAACCAUGGCUCAUCUGCUGCACUAUGCAUUUGAAAAUGGAUAUCUGAUUAUUCAUGUUCCUUGGGUGUCAGAGUGGCUGCGGCGCCUGCCCCGUCACAAGGAGAUGUCCAACUCGGCCACACACGAAGGCAUGGUGGACGUGCCGCUGGACGCCGCCGCCUGGCUCUUCCACUUCAAGACACAGAACCAGGCAAUGCUCAAGUCUGAAGAGCUAAAGAUAUCCAAAGACUACGUGUGGAGCAAGCGCGAGACGACGCCGGCGGGCGCGCCGCUGCUGGCGCUGGUGGAACACGGCAUCAGCCGCGUCAAGUACGCAUGUGACGUCAUCGACGCCAUCGUCAAGGAGGUCAAACUGCUGUCUGACAGCAAAGUGUGCAAGACAUUUGUGGCGAUAGAUGGCUUCAACUGCUUCUUCUACCCUGAGACCAGACUCUACACCUCCACCAAGAGAACUGUGAAGCCAGAGGAAGUGACUCUAACCCACUCAUUCCUAGAACUCACCAAGAAUGACUGGACAAAUGGUGUUAUUGUGCUCACUGCUGAUCAACUAGCCAUACCAGAAGAUCAUACUGAGAGCUUCCUGCCCAAGUAUUUACUCUACAAGAAGGGUUUUGAACACAUAGACCCCUUUGUGCCUAUACCAGUGGGAAGAUAUACAGAGAAGGAAUUCCUGAGCUGCGCCAGCUACUACAGGGACCGGCUCUGGCUGAGAGGACCUGCAGAAAUUGACACUGAGUUGAAGCUGGCUAGUUCAGCAAACCCUUACAAAUUUAUGGAGCUAUGUGCACCCUUGUAAAUCUAGUUGUACACUCUUAAUAUAUUUAUGUAAUUAGUAUGU